AUGACUCAGACCGUGCCGUGUGCUAUUUAUAGCUCUGGCAGAGAUGGUGGAGAAACACGGACGCUAAGAUCUGCGUAUUUUCUGUGGAAGUUACGUCAAACCAGUGACGCCAUGUUGGACGACAGCGACACCACGCGUCUAGAAAUACGAAAAGGGAAGUUCGUGUUCAAAUUGGCGGUCAAAGGAAAUUCAGAAACCUUACCUAAAUUUCUAAAACAGGAACAAGACCUGUUCACGGAGAAAAAUCCUGUGACCGUCGACAAGUGCCCGGUGACGGACAGAUACAAGGAUUCCGGCGAGGGAGGAAGUGAUACGGACAGUAUGUGUGGCUUUCCACCGAUACAAGUGUGUCAAAGUCAUCCGGGAGCUUGGAAAUCAUCUAAUUUAAAUUUCAUUAAAAAUGAAAACGAAGUGGUGGAACAGAGAGUCAUACAGAAUGAUGGAUGUAUUAUUCAUGGAGAUGGGUAUACAAAUACGAAUAAUGAAGCUGAAGUUGUAAUAGAAACUAAACCGUUUGAAUUGGUUAUCGAUCCUGUUGAUGGCGUCGUGAAUCCCACAUGUGAUAUUGGCGAUGUUGGUCAGUGUGACGAUGUCGGAGAGUGUGAGUACGAGUAUAUUCUAGAUUCUGACGAUUCUCGAUGUCAAUCCCCUGUUAUGAAUGAAAACUUAACUGACAUUAAUAAUGUCGAAAUUACAAAUAUUAAUGGAGAGAACGAUUAUCGUAUUCGCACAGAGUGUGCACUUGAAAACAUGAAAAAUUGUGAUAACCAUGGAAGCAAUGGUAGUAUUGAUAAACUUCCUGUGAGUGGAGACUGUAAAAAAGAUAAUACUGAACAAGUGCAGUUAGCCGGUUCUAUUGUUCACCGUGACAAAAUGGAGGGUGUUGACGACGGAAAUGAGACGGAGACCGAAUUCGAACCACUCGAGGGUGAUGAAUGGGAAGGAAUGAAAACAAAGCAAUCGAACGUCACUUCCGGGUCAAAUAGAAAUGACGUAGACAAAAGCCCACGGGCUACAGGUGGCGCUACUGAUGAAGAGUGUUCGUCUGAUGACGAUGAUCUCAUUAGUCAGUACGUCACCUAUAUGCCAAGGGAGAUAAGUCGUUCUGUCAAUUCAAAAAGGCGCGCCGCGCGCGAGCUCCCGACUUCCGCGACAUACAGACGGUGUAGUUCCGAACUAUCUCGCUAUUUCUGUGAAAAAUGUGGGAUAUCAUAUAAAUCGUUUUCAGAUUAUCAAACUCAUAAAAGGACUCACAAAGAAAACAAAUGCGAAGUGUGUUUUAAGCAAUUUAAAAAUACGAACGGUCUACUUAAGCAUUCAAACAUUCACACAGGCGACAAUUUGUCGACAUGUUCUUUUUGUAGGAAGACAUUUAAUUAUAAGAAAAAUCUUUAUCAUCAUAUUCACAAAAAACAUUUGUCGCACCUAUCUUACGAAAAAGUUACCGAAUUUAUAAGUGCUAAAUAUAAAAAGUCGCCAUCUUCAAAAUCUAAGAAACCGUGUUCCGGAAAACCUGAGACAGAAGGAUCGAAAGAAAAGGAAACAUCGAUAGUGAAAAGUGUGAUCAGCAGCCAGCAAGUCGACAAUACUCAAAAGAGGAAAGAAAUUUUGCUUAAAGAAUGUUCUGUUUGUAUAAAAAAGUUCGAGCCUCGGAUAUUGGAACGACACAUGCGCUCACACACGGGAGAGCGUCCUCAUGCAUGUGAUCUGUGUCCGUUCAGGUGCUCCCAGCUUGGUAAUCUCAAUAAACACAAAGCAAACGUGCAUCAGAAGAAGGACGGAGACCAGAUACUGAGGUACAAAUGUGACAAGUGUGAAAAGCGAUUUUACGACAAAGCUCACUUACGACGCCACGACCUGACACAUUUCGAGAAGUCUGUGAAACACUACGAAUGUUCUGUAUGUAAGAAACCAUUCCGGUUUGAUAGUGGACUUCAGAGACACAUGCAGCUUCACAAGGACGGUCUGAAGAUCAGCUGUGGUAUUUGUAACAGACAGUUCUAUGACUCCUCUGGACUGAAGAAACAUCUUGAACAACACACAAGUCAGCUUCCCUACCGAUGUGAAACCUGUCAGUGUUCGUUCGGUUCGAUCCACGCCCUCAGAAGACAUAAAGUAAGCCAUACGGGAACCAAGAGAUCACACCCAAUCAAAACGCCCAGGCCUUCUCCAGCAAUAAAACAGACAAUGGAAAAUCGAACACGCACAAAUGAGUGAACUCCUGGUAUAUCUGCAUGUGUUGCACUCCUUUUGUGCAAUAUACCUUUAAGCAGAAAAUGUUCACACAUUGUUAGAUUUUAACAAGAUUUUGCUUGUAAUUAACAAGUAAAUGAAGUAACAUGCACUUCAAAUAGGCUAUUGAUUUUGCUAGCAUGAUUAAAGACUGUGAUAUUUUACAACAUUGUUUAAAAAGUAUGGAGUUAUUAUAUGUCUGUAUAUAUCAACUGAUUUGAAAAACAAAACCAGAGUUCUCUGGAGUGAGAAAGAUUUGUUUCUUUAGCGGAUACUAGCUCCAGAUGUUUUUAAUGAGUACACGUAGGAGCACUU